AUGGCCAGCGUUGAGGUUGUACCAGCAACAACAUUUCAAGAGACUGAGACAAAUCCAGUCGAGGUCAACAAAACAGAAGAGCCAGUGGCUGCACCACCUGCCCUGGAAACUGAAACCACCGAAGCACUAAAAGAAACAACACUAGAAGCAGAAGUGGCAGCAGAAGCAGUAGUGGAGCAACCAUAUGCUCCUGAGCCCGCAGCAGAAGCAGAAGCUCCAGUUGCGCCAGUUGAAGUUGAGACCAAGGUGGUGGCAAUGCAAGGAAUUUUAAAAUGAAUUACGCAUCAAACUAUUUUGCUUUUCAGUUGUGCAAGUGAGGGAAUAAGCCAGCCAAACUCAACGUUCAAGGAUGGCAACUCCUACAUUAUUAUAAUAUCAUCAACGCUCCUACCAACAAGCUGACAGUUACAGUGAUGCAAUGCACUCAAUUUCAAUCUUGGCAUCCAAUGGCAAUGCUGCUACUUGAAAUGUUGAGCGUGCUGGAGCUGGUGAUGGAAAGUAUUUAGCAUAUAUCUUAUUGAGGGAAAGAGGGAAAAGAAG